GGGGGAGGCGCGGGGCGGCGCGCUGGGCCUGCGCCCCCGAGGGCGGCAGUCGCGGGAGGAGGACCCGGAGGCGGGACGGUGGCGCGCGGAGGGCUGAAGUGCCCUCCGGCCGCGGCCCCGAUGACCGAACUACAGCAAGAUGUGGACGACGCCAAGCCUGCCAAAGUGAUCGGGAAGAGGGAGAGCAAAGUGGGCUCAACCCACUCAGAGGCCGAGAAUGGUGUGGAGGAGAAAAAGAAGGUCUGCAGGUCGCCCACAGCCCAGUCUCCCACCCCGUCCAGCGAGGCCGAGUCCCCAGACCCGAAGAGAGUCAUCUGCCUGCGGUCAAAAUCCAGUUUCGAUGGUGUCUCUUUAGUGAGUGAUAAGAACGACUGCAAAACAGAAAGCAAAAAUGACUCUAAGAUUGAGAGGAAAAAGUCUUCGUCUUCCAGCCAGUACAAGGCAAAUUUGCACUUCCACAAGCUGUUUCUUGAUGUCCCGUCUGAAGAACCACUGAGGCAAAGCUUUACCUGUGCUCUGCAGAAAGAAAUUUUAUACCAAGGGAAGCUCUUUGUGUCAGAAAACUGGAUUUGCUUUUAUUCCAAGGUCUUUGGAAAAGACACUAAGAUCUCUAUUCCGGCUUUCUCCGUAACCCUGAUAAAGAAAACCAAAACUGCCCUUCUGGUGCCAAAUGCCCUGAUUAUAGCGACGGUCACAGACAAGUACAUAUUUGUCUCCCUCCUCUCCAGAGAUUCUACUUAUAAACUACUCAAAUCCGUGUGUGGACACUUAGAUAAUACAAGUGUUGGUAACAGUCCCAACCCGUCUUCUCUUGAAAACAGUUUCCGGGCAGACCGCUUCCGGGCAGACCGCCCUUCAUCUCUGCCUCUGGAUUUCAACGACGAGUUCUUAGAUCUGGAUGGAGUGGUUCAACAAAGGAGGCAAGAACUGGGAGGCUACAGCAGCUCCGGCUCGCAGACACCCGAGUCCGAGAACUCCAGAGAUUUCCAUGUGACAGAAUCCCAGACAGUCCUCAGUGUCUCCAAAGGAGAAGCAAAGCCAACGAGGGCAGAUGUCCAGGUGAACAGAGCACCUGAAGGCAAAGCCAAGAGUCUCCCUGCACACGGUCAGUCAGAAUCCAUUGGAAUCUUACACAAAGUGAAGUCUCAGAAUCAUCCGACUCUCCGCCAUAUUCUUAUAUUCUAUGCAGUUGUUGUCUGUGCACUAAUCCUCUCGACCUUCUACAUGCGAUACAGAAUUAACACCCUGGAGGAGCAGCUGGGGUCACUGACCUCCAUUAUGGACACCCAUCACGCUGAACAGGCAGCGCCGUCCAGCCUGGGGUCGCAGGUGCAGUUGAACGCAGAGGCCCUCUGCCGGGAGCUCACCGUGAACAUCAUGAAACUAGAAAAGAUGCUUCCCAGGGGCAGCAUCUCUGCCCAUUCUGGCCCCUUACACCCAGCCCAACAGCGGGCACUCCGAUCUCAUCAUGGUUUUUAUUUGCAUUUUCCUGAUUACCACCACAGAUACAGAACAACUUACAGAAAUUGCUUGAGAAUGGCGACUGACCGACCAGACUGCUUGGGCCAACGUGAUACCUCGCGCUUCCCUUUGAAGAAGGUGCUCCCGGAGGCGCCCGGCGAGUGCUCCCUGCUGGCCGGAGGAGCGAGCGGAGAGGCACCCAGCCACAUUCGCACUUGGAGGUCUCCAGCUCAGGAAAGGGGGGAGGGGAAUGAUUCUGGUUCCUGUGCAAUAAAAGUUGACCUUGACUCUCUGAGGAAGUGUUCCGCGUCGCUGCCUGAAGGAACCAGCCCCAUCUCGGGAGGACCUGGUGGACACUCGUGAACGACUGUGGUUCGGUGGCCAUCGUGACUGUCAGCAAACACUCCACAACGUGCCUUGUCAGUCCCUCCCCCCUCCCCUACACCGCAGCCUUCAAGCUAAGGGAUAGAUCAUGUGCCAACAGCCCCGAGCUGGCCCUCUGAAGAUUUAGCCAUAACUCUCCGGAAGGCAAUAAGGAGCUCUAAUGGACAGGCUUGCUUCAAAGAAAUGACCCCAGCAUUUUGUCUUUUUUUUUUUCCUUCUACUGUUAUGUUCUGGUUUAAAUCAUCUGUGUAUCCUAAUUUCUCAAUUGAAUACUGGCAAAAAUAUUGGGCAAAGCAAAUAAACCAUCCAUUUACAUUUUGUUUUGUCCCUCUAACUAAUACGUAAUUGAACUGAUUCUCACCCGCCCCAAGUCAAGAAUCAGUGAGACCUGGGAAAUACUAAAUAAACUUACUCGAAACCAAAACUAAUCUUUAAACCAAAAAGUAUAAUGUGAUUUGAUACACGAUGAAAAACAUGGAAUUUUUAAGAUUAUAGGUGGACUAUGUUACUUUUGAAAAAGGAUGUCUGUAUUGAAUGUUGAAACCCAUUUCAGCAUAACGACAGGAUGCUUUUGUGCUUUUGCUGACUAAAGAAAUAACCGGUGGUUUGAUAACUUCUAUUUACCAUAGGGUUGCCUGGUUUUUAUUAAUAAUUAUUUAGGUACUGUAAGAUCUGUAAUAUGAAAGGUAUUCCGUUUCUGUCUGCAAUGCAUUUUAUAAUCAUUUCUAUGAAAUGUAUUUUAUUUAAUCAGAUAAGCUAAUAAGUGAAUUGGUUACAUCAUUUGUGUCUGUUAGCCUACUGGACAAGAAUUGUGCCUGGUGCACCCUGGCUUUUAAUAAAUACUCAUUGGUGAAAACACCUUGCUA